AUGGGGACCCCAGCGUGCCCAGCCACCGAUAGGCACUUUGGGACUUAUCUGUUGGACUGUGAACCCCCUCCAGGCGCCUUAUCAAGCCCUCCCCAGACCCCCAAGCAGACGCAGAAGCGCUCCAGGGCGGCCUUCUCCCACACUCAAGUCAUCGAGUUAGAGAGGAAGUUCAGCCACCAGAAGUACCUGUCGGCCCCCGAAAGGGCCCACCUGGCCAAGAACCUCAAGCUCACCGAGACCCAAGUGAAAAUAUGGUUCCAGAACAGACGCUAUAAGACAAAGCGGAAGCAGCUCUCCUCUGACCUGGGAGAUCUGGAGAAGCACUCCUCCCUGCCAGGCCUGAAGGACGACGCCCUCUCCCGGGCCUCUCUGGUCUCCGUGUACAACAGCUACCCUUACUACCCCUACCUUUACUGUCUGGGUGGCUGGAGCCCCACUUUCUGUGAGAAACCUCUGAAUUUCCUCCUAUCAAAAAGGCCAAUUCACUAUUGGUGGCCGGAGUGAGUUGAUGGAAAGCUGGCCGGUUUCACCCUGCUUGCCUCUGGUGUGAGCUCCAUGUGGAGAUAUUGUCCAAGGCCACAGGUGGCGGCCGCCACAGCACUGCGAGAUGACCCAAAAGGCGGAGAAGCCCACAAGUUGCUUCUCCUUUUGCUACAGCUUCUAAAGUGAGUGUGUAGAGCUCCCUAUUCGGUACUCUUCCCUCUUCCCACCCUCUGACUUGAAUUCUUCCAACACGGGCGCUUCUGCAAGGGUGAAACAUUGUCUGUAAUACAUUGUGUUGCAAAGAAAGUUUCUGUUUAAAAGUAUUUAGUGUUUGUAUUCAUCUUGCCCUUUCUCCAACUUGGAGCAAGUCAUUCACCCACCCCUGACCUGGGAGAAAAGCAUUUGCAGAAUUAACCUACUGGUCUUCAACAAGUCACUGGGCCAGUGCUCCAGCCUGCUUUACCUGGGUUUCCCAUUUCUCUCCUGUUUAAUAAAUGAAUUUACAGACCCUGAUGUGAUCUGUAACAUAAAAAUUUGUGACUUGAAGUUUACUAAAAUGUCCCAAACCUUAUUUUUCUAUGUAUUUUUU